AUGCUGCCCAAGUUCCGCCUGCGCACCGUCACUCCCGAUGAAAUCGUCGACAAUCGCGACGAAAUUAGACCGUCUGUACAUCCGAGCAACACUCUGACAGAAUCACAGAAUCACCACAUGCGCAGCUCUCCACCUAUUCAACCAGGGGAGCAGAACUUCCCUGGCAAACUUCCGUCCUUUUCGGAGUUCCUCCAUACUACACGGACUACCACGCCACCCCGGACUCCUCAGCGUCGGAAUGAUUCGGCUGAGAGCUCUCCUCAUGUCCAACCCCAGUUUGACGAUGUAACUUGGUCUGAGAGCAAGCGAAGGCGUGUCGACACUCUCGGCGACAUUUAUGAGCCGCCUGUAGUGCAGGCCCGCCGCAUGAGCGGUCCCAUUGACCCUGCCCUUGCCGGUUACUCCCCCCACAUACCUCAACAGCAUGCAGUACAGCCCGUCGCAUCUAGCAUGCAUCACCGUUCGAGUCAUUCAUACGUGCCACCACAACAGCAAACCAUGCCUCUGAACCCGCACAUGCGACACCAGUCAUCGCCAGCCCCCCAAGGCCACAUGUCUUACGCGCCUCCUUCUCUCCAACAACCUAUCGGACAGAGCCCUUUCCAGCAACCCAUGGUUCAGCAAGGCGCCAUGUACGAGGCACGGCAUAGCUACUAUCACGAGCCCCAAGCAGCUGUCUAUGGCGGCUACGACCGACCGACCGAAUCUUACUUCGCUCGCGCUGGCUAUCCAAGUUACGACACAUCCUAUAGCGACAUUCGCUUCCAACAGCAUGUUGGCCUUGACCACAACGCAUUCAACAGGAAGCGCCGAGGCAAUCUGCCAAAAGAGGCUACGAACCUGCUAAAAGACUGGUUUGCCGCCAACCGAACAUCACCAUAUCCCACCGAAGACCAGAAGAUGGAGCUUUGCAAUCGGACUGGAUUGAGUCUCAACCAGCGCACUGCUCGCAGAACAGGCACGGAAGCUGUCAAAGUCUCAACGGAUAAAGACGUAAUAGGAUGA